AUGGCGCGGGCAAAAGGAAAAGGAAAAGCCAAAAUUACUACACCCUCAUCAUCUUCGGAUUCCACUGAUGCAAGUGUUCCUGCAUCUCCUCCUCCACAAAGAAAAGCUCCUCUGGUAAUUGGAAAAUCAAAAGAAACGCCCAAGAAAAGAACCAGAGAACCUGUCCAAGAAAAGGGAACCAAAAAGAAAAAGACUUCAAAACCUCCAGUUAUGCAUAUGGAAAGGGCCAUUCAUGAACCAAGAGACUUUGGGAUACCUCUGGAAACUGAGAAACUUAGGACAAAUAUGAUCCUAAUUACAAGUCUGCAAAAAGAUGAUGAUGGGAGAAAACUUAGAUUUGAACAAGGUGCUAGUUCUAAAGAUAGUGCAAGCGAACCACAGACUCCUGCUCCUGUUGCUCCUGCAAAAGAAAAGGCAAAAACAGCUCAAAAGGAACAAAGAAGCAAGCAGAAAGAGGAAACUGGUAAACCAUCUGGCAAAAAGGCUAAAACUGGUAAAAAGUUGACAGCAGAAUCUGGUACUAUCACAGAAUCGAGUUAG